AUGCUUUUUAGGAGAUCAGUCAGAGGCGAUUGGCGAUUGGCGAUUGCGUAUUUAUAUGCUUGUAGUGUGGGAUAUAGCUCCAUAUCCGGACUACAUCCCCUCCUAACGGGAUAUCAAUUUCGAACUUUGUGCUUCUUCUUUCCUUAUGAGGCGCUUGAUGAAGGAGGACACGAAAUGCAGAAUAAUCAGCAUCGUCCACCCCAACCUCCCAGCAAUAACCCCAUCCCAAACCUCAUGCUUUCGCGACAGGUAGCGGCCAAUGCCUUCUGGCCGGUAGGGCCGGCGCCGGCGCAGGCGUCGGCACCGACCCGUGAAGGUCCAUUCACGUUCCAGCGCCAAGCGACGGUACCGAUGCUGGGGCGUACCAUAUCGGAGCUUGGAUUCCGGAUCCCGAAGGACAUUGACCUAAGCUCUGGGAAGCCCACGGUGAAUGGGAGCUUCGAAGAGAUCGUGUCUGAGGACGAUCUCUUCUCUACUUUCAUGGACAUCGACAAGAUCGGGACCAAGUUGGAGGGGAGUGGAUCGGGGUUGGAGGGCGGAUUGUGCCGCGAUUGGGCAGCGGAGAACUCAGGCGCGUUGUAUGAGGGGAAGAUUGACAAUGCCGGAGGUGGUGUUGUGACGGCGACCACGAGGCCGAAGCAUCGACAAUGCAAAUCGGUGGACGGAUCAUCCAUAUCUUCUUCGGCGGUCGCGAGGGGGGAUGGGGUGUUUGGAGAAGUAUUGGAGGCGAAGAAGGCCAUGUCGGCCGAACAAUUGGCGGAGCUUGCUGCCAUUGACCCAAAGAGGGCGAAGAGAGUUAUAGCUAAUCGGCAAUCUGCAGCUCGUUCAAAAGAAAGGAAAGCACGCCAUGUAUCUGAACUUGAGAGAAAACUUCGGGCACUUCAAACUGAAGCUACAACGCUUUCUGCCCAGCUUAUGCUUUUUCAGACAGACACUAGAGAGCUGUCAGCAGAGAAUUUACAGCUGUUGUUCAGAUUGCAAGCUAUGGAAAAAGAAUCCAAGAUGGAUGAUGCAAAGAAUGGAUCCCUAAAGCAUGAGGUUCUGUGGCUCAAGAUCAUAACAGGAGAAGCAUCAAGCUCCAGCGAAGCCAACAUUGUGGAUAGAUGCACGUUAUCAUUUGAGCCCUCCUCAUUCUUCACAACUCCCCAACAACGUCCGAGCUUCGCCUGCCAACCCAUUCAGUGGCAGCCCAAUUUCCAUCAGCCUAUGUUACCUGCUACAAAUCAUCACUUACUUUCCCACCGCCCUCAUUUUCACUUUGAUAUGAUGCAGCAGGAUCCCCCAAGGAACCUUCAGGGAUUAGAUAUGGUUAAGGGGUCUCUUACAAUGAAGUCAGAAAACUCCACCAUUUCUGCAAGAGCAUUACCAUCUUCCAAACUGGGCUAGAGUAGACCUCUCUGUCCAUGAACCACACAAUUUCAAUCUUUCUCCAUCAUCUGGUUCAGUGGUUCUCUUUGAUUGUUUUGAAUUGUACAAGCUGUUUCAUAUUUCUUUCAAUGACUUGAUUACGCAAUUUUCUUCCACUUUACUUUGCUUCCAAACUUUUACUGGCUCCUGCAUGAAGUGUUCUCAUGUUCUUUUGAUUUCCUUUCAAUUUUUUUAUUCAUAUGAGGGAGAGCUGAAUUUUACUGU